AGUGCGGCCUGGUGAAACCAUCGAGUCUGAUGGCCAGAGAGUCACGGCGGUAAGGGGGCGGGGUGACAGGCGGCUCCACAACACGUUCCUGGAGGCGCGAGCUGUAGGGUGUCCGAGAGUCAGCUGCUGCGUGCCGGGCUCCGGAAUCGGAGCCCAGAAGAGCUUUGUCAGUGGCUCUCCAUGCAAAGGUGCUUUGGAAUUCUGAAUCCUAGCUCCGAGCCUUAGCGGAGGUCACGGCUAUCAAUUCACUGGUGCCCGGCGUGCCAGGCGGAGGUCACCGAGGUGGUGGUGGAGAGUCGCAGGAGAGGUGUGCUGGAAAUAAUUUGUCCUUUCCCCUUGGGUACUGUUCACAGCUAGGCCUAGUCACAUCUUUUUGAUUGAAUUUGAAAAAGGGUCCGUAGAGGAAGUAGCCUAUAAGAUCUCAACUAAAAAGAAUGCCAGGAAUAAAUUAAGAAGAAUGCCGGGAAUAAAGAAGGGGGCAUUCGGAACCAACAGAACUGAGUGAACCAGAGCUAGGUAGUGAUUGGCGUAUCUGCUGAACUGGUAGUAUACCAUCCUAAUGUGGACGAUCCUACGUUUCCGGCUGUGGUGUUUGAACCCAAUGGGAGCAGUCACCGAGGGUGCUGGAGUAAAAGCGACACAAUUGGAGCGGGGCCGAUUGUGGCGACUGGAUGAUGCAAGCGCCGAAGGUCCAUUCAAAUGCCACUUCAAGAAAUAAAAUUUAGCCUGGCGUGGUGGCGAAGGCCUUUAGUCACAGCACUUGGGCGGCAGAGGCAAGCAGAUCUUUGUGAGUUCCCAGGCCAGCCUGGUCUAAAAACUCUGCUGCUUUCUACCCCUUUCCUUUUCCACUGCUUUUGACAGUGCCUCAGGGCCUGUUAAGCAUCUGGGUUUUUUUCUUUUCAAGAUGCCAUUUACAGACUUUGUUCUGGCCCUGAAAGACAAUCCCUACUUUGGGGCUGGCUUUGGACUGGUCGGUGUGGGCACCGCUCUGGCUGUGGCCCGGAAAGGAGUCCAACUGGGUCUAGUGGCAUUUCGGCGCCAUUACAUGAUCACACUGGAAGUUCCUGCUAGAGACAGAAGCUAUGGCUGGUUGCUUAGCUGGCUUACUCGGCACAGUACCCACACUCAGCACCUCAGUGUUGAGACCUCAUAUCUUCAGCACGAAAGUGGCCGAAUCUCUACCAAGUUUGAAUUUAUCCCAAGUCCUGGAAACCACUUCAUUUGGUAUAAGGGGAAAUGGAUCCGGGUGGAACGAAAUCGAGACAUGCAGAUGGUAGACUUGCAAACGGGGACUCCUUGGGAGUCUGUCACCUUCACGGCCCUGGGCACUGACCGCAAGGUUUUCUUCAACAUCCUGGAGGAAGCGCGAGCGCUAGCCCUGCAGCAGGAGGAAGGGAAGACUGUGAUGUACACAGCUGUGGGUUCAGAAUGGCGUACCUUUGGUUAUCCACGCCGCCGCCGGCCACUGGAUUCGGUAGUCCUGCAGCAGGGUCUGGCUGACCGAAUUGUCAAAGACAUCCGAGAAUUCAUUGAUAACCCCAAGUGGUACAUUGACAGAGGCAUUCCCUACAGACGUGGCUACCUUCUUUAUGGGCCCCCUGGUUGUGGAAAGAGCAGUUUUAUAACAGCUCUGGCUGGAGUAUUGGAAUACAGCAUCUGCCUGCUCAGUCUCACAGACUCUAGCCUCUCAGAUGACCGGCUCAACCAUUUGCUGAGCGUAGCCCCACAGCAGAGCUUGGUACUCCUGGAGGACGUGGACGCUGCUUUUCUCAGUCGAGACUUGGCCGUGGAGAACCCUGUAAAAUACCAAGGUCUAGGUCGUCUGACCUUCAGUGGACUGCUCAAUGCUUUGGAUGGUGUAGCCUCCACUGAGGCACGCAUUGUGUUCAUGACCACCAACCACAUUGACAGGCUGGAUCCUGCCCUGAUACGCCCUGGGCGAGUAGAUCUGAAGGAGUAUGUGGGCUACUGCUCACACUGGCAGCUGACCCAGAUGUUCCAGAGAUUCUAUCCAGGGCACGCGCCUUCCUUGGCUGAGAACUUUGCAGAACAUGCCCUUAAAGCUACGUUCCAGAUUAGUCCAGCCCAGGUGCAAGGCUACUUCAUGAAGUAUAAAAAUGACCCCAUGGGGGCUCUUCACAAUGUUGAAUCUCUGAGGUGACCCUCCAGGCCACUAUCUGCUCUCAAAAAAUCCACCUACCUGUCACAUUAAUCUGGUCUGUGACCUUCCUCCCUCCUUUGCUGUGUUUGUACUUGAGAAUAAACCAGGAGUUGCCAUA